CUUCUCUUCCAUCCGUCUCCCGUCUCCCGUCUCCAGUCUCCAGUCUCAGCAAGAGCGGUGCAUCGCGACUGCUGCCGCAGAGUUUUCAUGAUCGUGCCCGGCCUCUGUGAGAAUUAUUUCUAGCGAGUUCAUUGGCGACAUUGUAGGGCGCGCCCACUGAACCUACUGCUGUUUUUCCCGGAGCACCCAACAGUGGCUGUGGAUAUUGUCGCCUGGCUCCUAUCGCCAGUAUCUAUCUCCUCGGCGCUCUCCAGCAGGUGUUUUCGCUUCCAAGUCGUAUUUUUUUCUUUUCUGUCUUUCACCGGCAUUUCGCGGCGCGCACGUCUUUUAAUCUUUUGCAAGCAAUCAGCUGGGUCAUCACUGCGUGAAGACCCCGCUGUCCUUUCUUGAGUAAAGAAAAAGCGUCGCUUUGGUGCCUGACCCAGCCUAUUCCACCUCUAUUGUGGCUGGUUCGACGGCGUUUUCUGGCUGCAUUUCGACCGCCCAAGGAACGAUCUAUUGCGAGUGCCAUGCCAACCUGAUAAGAUACUACUAGUCAUCAUGGGCAGGGAUAAGAAGAAGAAGGGCGCUGUUGCGACGGCUCCCACCGGAACUCAUGCCAAGAGCAGGCAUAAGAAAGAUCGCAAAGGAAAUCCUGUGGAUUGGGCGGCCCCUCUGCCCCCAGGUUUGGUUGCUAUUCCUGACAAGCCACAGCUCAGCAAGAAGUACAAGACAUGGUACGAGGCCGUCGAGAACAAGAACAAAAAGAAGAGGCUCGAAUUCGAGGUAACUGGAUCACGCGGCUCGCUCGCUCGCUCGCUGUCUCGCAUCGUCCUGGACACUAACCAAGAACAGUUCACCCAAAACCGACAACCUCCCCCGGGCAUGGAAUUUGUUCCUAUUGGGAACCCCGCCCUGACGACUCUCUGUAAGGAGCUGUCUCGAGAGCGCGAUGCUAUGAUCUUCAUCGUGACGUCCAUGAAUGGUGUAUUCUCGGCAGCCUUAAGCUUUCACCUCAACCGUGUGGGCCACCACUUCCGGGAGUCAAUUGUGGAAGAAGCUCGCAAAACUCUUGGGGAUGAUCAGCUGGUUGGUACCAGUACUCAGCUGGGCCUUCCUGAACCCAUCCCGGAGAGACAAGAAGACAUCACCAAGCAAGCUGACGCAGCUAUAAGAGAUCUGUUUCCGCGCAUUCCUCAUACCGACCGCCAGAUGAUUCUGGAUCAUGCGUUUAACAAGUCGAGGGUCGCACAGGGCAAAGACUCUAUUCCGGUUGGCCUUGCUGCCGACAUAACCUUGUCACGCCGAGUUCAGCUCGCUGUAUUGGCCCAUAUCCGCCAUAACCAUACUCGGUAUGAUAAGCUGCUCAAAGAGACAUCUUGGGUCAAUGCGAGAAAAGCCGUCGAGUCCCUCUGCCUCGACUACCUCAACCAAACUGCCGCCCACCCUGCGGUUCGACAGGUUGCUGAGCAGCCUCGCGGGGACUUUGGUCCCCGCGUGGCCCACCCAGAGCGCAGCGCCAUCAAGAAGACUCAACAGAAAGAUCGCAAAGCUGCCAAGUGGGCACAGCGCGGGUUCAGUCGCUAUCAAGCGGCCCGCGACGUGGCUUGGAAUGAGGCUGUGGAGCGUCAACGACGUGCACCAGAAGAAUCCGUAACUUCUGCAGCUCCAAUGGCCAAUGGUAGGUCUGCCAGCCGUGGCCCGUUACGCCUCGAAUAUCCAACUCGGUUGGGAUCUGAUCUUUCUACAGCUCGCAGUCCACAGGAGCGGGUAUAUUAUUCUCAAACUCCCUUCGACCUCCACAACGGGUUCCAAGAGGCUGUGAGCCGGCCUGGCUACACGGAUGUAGCGCAGCGUAUCUCUACUGCCACCGGUAGUCAUGCUCCAGAGGCGCCACGCCCUUACAGGAUUGCAGUUGAGAAUGAACGUGGACCUAUAGUUGGGUCUCAUGCCUAUCCUGACCGUCAGGGUGACCGGGCGAGUCACUAUCACAGCCAGGAACCCAAAGAGCAUGUUUUACAGUCGAUCGAGCCUGCCUCUCCCUCACGACUCACUGCGAAGCAACAUCCCUCCGCGUUUGAGUCUGCUCCGAUGGGAUACAUGACACAUCGAGCUGAAGACUCCUACAGCAGGCCCACUGAGGCGCGCGGAUACCGGACACCGGGCGGUGAGGAAGGCUUCGUCAGACUACCUCCCCGGUCUGAACAGAACUGGAUGCCCGGCGGACCUGCUGAUUCGAGUUUGCACCGCUUAACAACAUACCAGGAUAUUGUUCCACGCCAUGAUGGCGUGGCGCACCUUAGGUCAGAGGCAAGACCCAUUUAUGUCGAGGACAGCGGGCUAGUCCGUAGGUCGGAAGCCCGUCCCAUCUACAUUGAAGGCCCCUCAGCGCCUACGCCGCAUCAUUGGGCAGAGCGUAUACGUCCACAGCCCGCCGGUCGUUCUUACACCGUCAGAGGGACUGCCGAUGUUCGCCCAGCUGUUCCUAUGGAUACUGUGAGGCAUGAUAGUCGGUUUGAUGAGGAUAGGAAUCAGCCCAUGGACCGUUUGCGAGGAGAUUUUAUAGAGAUUGUUCGCCUCUCCAACAACUUCCCAAGGCGACAUGAGCUGAGCCCAAUUCCGGUUGACACGGGCGAAUUUGACGCACGCCCUGUGCCUGUCAAUCAUCCGUCCCGGCGAUACGAGCGAGUUAUGGCUGUCGAAAGGCCAGGCUACUUACAAGAGCAUGCUGGCCGUGUUCCAGUCUAUGAGCAAGCUGAUUUCAUCCGUCUGCCGCAGCGAUCGGAGCGCCAGGAACGUGUUGUUGGGUAUCAAUAUUACCCAGCUCGUCCAGGUUACGACCAAGUCGCCACAUAUGAAGCUGACCGCCCGCAUCAGCCCUAUGGAACGGCUGCUCCCAUGGCGUAUCCUGGCGCUGAAAAUCAACAGCCACGCUUUGUGCGGCGAGUCCCAAGACAUGACGAAAUAAUCGCGAUCGAUUAA